AACUGCAGGUUUUAAUCUGUUUUCAUGCUCGCCCAAGAUCUUUAAAAGAGAGACAGAGAGACUAUAUAAAAGAAGAUCCUAAAAUUCAUACCAAUACAUCAUAGGUAAGGAAACUUACCAGACUUGGCAUUUGAUCUUCAGUGAUGGACCUGAAAACCACCUCAGAUUAUUUGGAUUAUUACUAUGCUACAAGCCCAAACUCUCAUAUCAAGGGGAGCUCCCAAGUUCCUUACACGCCUGUGUUCCUUUCUGUCUUUUACACAGCUGUGUUCCUGACUGGAGUGUUGGGCAACCUCAUCCUCAUUGGUGCACUGCACUGCAAACGUGGCAGCCGAAGACUAAUUGACAUCUUUAUCAUCAAUCUGGCUGCCUCCGACUUCAUUUUUCUUGUCACAUUGCCUCUUUGGGUGGAUAAAGAAGCAUCCCUUGGACUGUGGAGAACAGGCUCUUUUCUGUGCAAAGGCAGCUCUUACAUGAUCUCAGUCAACAUGCACUGCAGUGUCUUCUUGCUCACUUGCAUGAGUGUUGACCGCUACCUGGCCAUCAUGUGUCCAGCUGUAUCCAGGAAAUUCAGAAGGAGAGACUGUGCGUAUAGAGUCUGUGCCAGCAUCUGGUUUAUCUCCUGCCUUCUUGGGUUGCCUACUCUUUUGUCCAGAGAGCUCACGUUGAUUGAGGAUAAGUCAUACUGUGCAGAGAAGAGAGCCACUUCAAUGAGACUGACAUGGGCGCUUGUCACUUUAAUUUUCACCUUUUUUAUCCCUUUGCUGAGCAUUGUGAUCUGCUACUGUUGCAUCACAAGAAAGCUGUAUACUCACUACCAGCAGUCAGGAAAGCACAACAAAAAGCUGAGGAAAUCCAUAAAGAUCAUCUUUAUUGUUGUGGCAGCCUUUGUCUUCUCCUGGUUGCCUUUUAAUACUUUCAAGCUCCUGGCCAUUGUUUCUGGAUUGCAAAAUGAACUCUAUUUUUCAUCAGCUGCUCUUCAGCUUGGGAUGAAGGUGAGUGGACCCUUGGCAUUUGCCAACAGCUGCGUCAACCCUCUGAUUUACUAUACUUUUGAUAGCUACAUCCACCGGGCCAUCGUGCACUGCUUGUGCCCUUGCCUGAGGAACUCUGACAUUGGGAGCAGCACUGAGACAUCUGAUAGUCACCUUGCCAAGGCUCUUUCCAACUUCGUCCAUGCAGAUGAUUUUGUAAGAAGAAGAAAGAGAUCUGUGUCAUUCUAAAAGCAUCUAUGACAUUUCAAGCUCCUUUGGUGCUCUUAAAGAGAAUUAAGUUUUGUCAACAACAAAGAAGAAAAAUACUAGUAAGAUUCAUAUUUCUUCAUAAAUCCAAGAAAACUAAUUUUUAAAAGGAGCACAAAAAGUCCUGUGUCAUGACAUAAGAAGGCCAAGUGUAAUUUCAGUGGAGUGGCCUUAUUUAACACUUGACAACCAAGUCAACAAAGCAAAAUACAAGUUCUAUCUGUUUUUUUGUAGCUCAGAUAAAGGUUGCUUUUGUAUCAGUUGUUCAUAGUAACUCUGGACUGGAAAAAGAUCUAUGAGGGAAAAAUCAUUUUGUAUUGUGUUUGUGAUUGGAGCCUACUUUGUCAUCUGGUUUUCUAGAGUGUUUUAACAAGUAAGCGUGCAGCAAGAUUUGACCUUUAUUUGCCUUAUAAGAUAUAUUUGUAGAGAUGAUGCAUUUCAUUAUAAUUCUAUAACUGCUUUUAAUGGAGUUUUACUAUGUCCUUUGUUUUCAUUGUCUUCAUAAGCUAAGAUUUGACUUUGGCUAAUUAUAUGUUGUUAUAUGGCUAUCAAAUGAGAAGGUUAAUACUAAUAUAAUUGAAGCUUGACACAUGCUUAGAUCCUCCCUCAGCAAAUAAUUAUCUGGUGUUUUAAUUGAGAUGCUUUUGUUCAUUCCUCAUAGCAUCAUUUGCUUGUAUAAUUUGAGGUUAAAAGUUAGAUAAAGGGAGACAGGCUGCUCUAUAUUUGUCCAAAUUGAGAAGUCUGUAACAAAAAUGUUACUAGUUUUCUAUAGACAUUUUCUAAACCCAUAGGCCUUCUUGAAUUGCUUAAUAUAAUAAAAUAUUUAUUGAGUCAA